UAUCAAUUUCCCCUUUCAUAUUGAUGACUGAACAAAAACUCUGAGACCCUGGGCAGUGCAACAGGCCAGUCACAGCGCCCUGUAUAUUUACAAACCAGGUAUGGUGGAGAAAGCCCUGAAACCUUUUCCCCGGGAUAUGCGUGGAGCCGUGGCACUCUAUUUGCUGUCAGUGUGGCUAUGGUGAUACAAUCAGAAGAGAGAAAAGAGUAAUAAUAAUAGCACUCGUAUAAGCGAGUGCUGAUCCUACUCCGUAAGGUAGGUAUAAGAGUCUGCGUUCUCUUUUUCCUGUCUUACCUAGGAAUCAUUGUACUUCUUCUCUGUUGUCACACUUUUUGUGAGCUUUUGCCAUCCAAGAGACACUCACCUUUUUUUUUUUCUUUGUUUAAACAAACAAAUAAAUAAAAUAAAAUGUCUUCCACCACCACUUCUGCCGCUGCGGCGUCCUCUUCAUGUGGUAGCAUCUAUGUGAUGCCCAUCACGGACGCGGCCUGCGCCCUCCCAGCCUCGGGCAACAACUCGGCCAUCAUGUCUCAGUGCUGCAAGGACGCGCCCGUGACAAAGUACGACGAUGACUGCGCCUUCUACUGCCUAGCGGAAGGGCAGACGAUCGGUAACCUCACCUCUUGCAUUACCAGCAACGGCGGGACCCAAGUCUUCUGCAACAACAGCAACCAGACCGCGACUGCGACCGCCUCCGUGUCUUCCUCCUCAUCGACGGGCACGAGUACCAGUACUGGCACCAAGACUGGGAGUUCUGCCUCAUCGACGAGCAGCAGUGCCGCCAUGGUGAACCAGCCUGUCUCUAAGACUGGUCUCGGCCUACUGGCCAUGUUCUUCUGCUCGGCCGUUGCCGCGGUUGUGGCUUGAAACGGAGGGAAACGAGAUACUCGCGAUGGAACGGUCUCUGUAUUCUAAGAACUGGAUACGUUAAUACUUAAUAAUAAUGUGAUUUAUGACGAGAAUGAGGUUCAAUUCAAUCGUAGAGAUCGUCGUUAUCAUCAUCAUUAUUG